UGAUAAUCUACUGGUGGUGCAUUACCUUUACUAAACUUCUACAAUCUACAUAAAACACACACGCAAAGUAGAUAGACAAGUGCUCUGAUCAGUGCGUUGACUAUUCGCCCAUCCUCAACUCUCGCAGCCAUAUGGCUCAUCAAGGUCAAUAUCAGACAUCACUUAACUGUCCUGAGGAAAAUGAUGAGACAAUGAGUGAGGAAUUCCAGUCUGGACUUCUCCUGGCCUCAAAGGCCUCUACUGAUCAAUCCCUUGACCUAAGCAGGGUGGUGAAAGGACAAACAUUUAGCUACAAUCACAACCCUGUGCGGCCCAGUCCUACCCAGUCCUGUGUAAAAUUAAUCCAGAAUGAUAAAUUAAUAAGACCAGGCCAGCAGGUGUACCCCAACCAGGCUGAUAAUGACCAAAGAAGAGAUCAUGGCUGGCACUUCCCUGCGUACAGCAGAUGUCUUGGCGCAGGCCAAACAAGCAGUCUACCAUCAUACUUGCCUUCUUCUGAGGAACAGACUUACCUGGGGGCUGGCUGCAUUUUUCCGAGUUGGCAUCACUCCCAUCAAGGUACACACAGCCUCAGCCUUAACAGUCUGGAUCAGCCUGGAUCUCUGCAUACUUUUCUCACAACUGGAUCUUCUAUACACACCAAGCAGGUGAUGCCAUUCCCAAGCUUUUACUGUGGGUACCAUGGUCCAGUUCCAUUGCAUGUAGAUCCUCAGGAACACCUGAUUCCCAGGUCUGAAUAUGAACAAGGACGCAAAGAUACUAAGCAAUUAGGACAAAAACAUAGCACUAAAAAUGGUGCUGUUUCCAGCAGACCUGAGCAAAAAAGUCCCUGCAGCACAAAGCUUUCUAAGGAACAGAGAAAAGUGUUUGUCACAUAUGAGGUGGACAGUGAAGAUCAUCUUAAAGAGGUCAUCAAGUUCGUGGCCUUGUUAAGAAACAACGGCUUUGACACGCAUAUUGAUGUCUUUGAACAGCAGCUUUAUAGCAUCAGCAAGAUUGACUGCAUGGAAAGAUAUCUCAAUGAGAAAGACUACCUGAUUAUCAUGAUCAUUAGUCUGAAGUAUUUUAAGACAGUAACCGGAGCUGGUGUAGGUGUGGACUGUGAUGAAAGGACCUCAAACACUGUGUACAUCCACAAACAGCUUCAGAAUGAAUUCAUUCAGACUGGAUGCAGAAACUUCAGGGUAGUGCCGGUGCUUUUUCCCGGGGCUAAAAAGAGCUAUGUUCCCUGUUGGCUGCAGAACACACAUUUGUACAGCUGGCCCAGGGACUGGGAUGAUAUUCUGCGCCGACUCAUGCGAGUGGAGAAGUACAACCCGCCACCUAUUGGCCCGCUACCCACCAUCUUCUCCAUGCCUAUUUAACCAAGAUUCAUUUGAGACAAUCACAGUACAGCAGACUUGGACAAUUGUAUGAUGGGACAUCAGUAUAGAUACUGGUGUAAAAUAUUAUGUUUGGCAUCAUGUAGAAGAAAUAAAAAUUUGAGAUUAUUACGCAAGUUAAAUUUGCAUAUAAUAUGUAUGUACAUAUAACAAAUGCGCAUUGUAACAAACAAGUUGGCGAAAUGGUCUUCAAGAAAAAUGUCCACACGCUCAUUAAAUGAUUUAAUAAACAUAAACUGAAAUUGA